CUCCCACGCUCCCGGCCGGCACGGGCCGCGCGCGCUCCAGUCGACUCGCCCCGCCUCGCGCUCGGCCGCACCGGGCCGCCCGCCGCUCCAUGGCACACGCGCAGCCGGCUUGCUGCCCCAGCCCGCGGGGCUCCGGGGAUGGCGGCAUGGCCAAGUCUAGGAAGGUGGCGCUCAUCACGGGCAUCACCGGCCAGGAUGGCUCGUACUUGGCUGAGUUCCUGCUGGAGAAGGGCUACGAGGUCCACGGAAUUGUCCGGCGAUCCAGCUCCUUCAAUACAGGCCGCAUCGAGCAUCUGUACAAGAACCCCCAGGCUCACACUGAAGGAAACAUGAAGCUGCACUAUGGCGACCUCACUGACAGCACCUGCCUGGUGAAGAUCAUUAAUGAAGUAAAACCCACAGAGGUCUACAACCUGGGAGCCCAGAGCCACGUCAAAAUUUCCUUUGACUUGGCCGAGUACACGGCGGAUGUCGACGGGGUCGGCACUCUGCGGCUCCUGGAUGCCAUCAAGACCUGUGGCCUUAUCAACGCUGUGAAAUUCUACCAAGCUUCCACCAGUGAACUUUACGGGAAGGUGCAAGAAAUACCCCAGAAGGAGACCACCCCGUUCUACCCGCGGUCGCCCUACGGGGCAGCCAAGCUCUAUGCCUAUUGGAUCGUGGUGAACUUCCGGGAGGCCUAUAAUCUCUUCGCAGUGAAUGGCAUUCUCUUCAAUCACGAGAGUCCCAGAAGAGGAGCUAAUUUUGUUACUCGAAAAAUUAGCCGGUCAGUAGCUAAAAUUUACCUUGGACAACUGGAAUCUUUCAGUUUGGGAAACCUGGAUGCCAAACGAGAUUGGGGCCACGCCAAGGACUACGUGGAGGCUAUGUGGCUGAUGUUGCAGAAUGAUGAGCCAGAGGACUUUGUCAUAGCCACUGGGGAAGUGCACAGUGUCCGGGAAUUUGUUGAGAAGUCGUUCAUGUGCAUCGGGAAAACCAUUGUGUGGGAAGGAAAGAAUGAAAACGAAGUGGGCAGAUGCAAAGAAACCGGCAAAGUUCACGUGACUGUGGAUCUCAAAUACUACCGGCCCACUGAAGUGGAUUUCCUGCAGGGAGACUGCACCAAAGCGAAACAGAAGCUGAACUGGAAGCCCCGUGUGGCUUUUGAUGAGCUGGUGAAGGAGAUGGUGCAGGCCGACGUGGAGCUCAUGAGGAACAACCCGAACGCCUGAAUGCAGGGCGCAGAGUGAGCCCGUAGGACCCCAGCGUGCCUGCUGGUGGGCGCUAAAGACACGCGCAUCUCCGAAUGGGAAUCCUGCGGGUUCCCCUGCGCCCCUCACACUGUGCCCGCAGGCUGGGGCAGCAGCUAAGCUGAGAUUUGUAGCAGCCGGGAAAGUGACACUCCUGGGGAUGGGGGCCUGCCUUGUUGCUGGGGAAGCCUCUGGGUCGGGGUUUGUGAAAUCGAGAUGUUUGAAUUACAUGCUGAUUUGACUUGAAAUCAAACCGUGGGACACCUUAAAUCGUGGGGCCUUUUCAAAUUGUCUCUUUUCUCAAUAAUA